UUUAGGUGUGUGCUGCUUGAGUUCGGUGUGCCCUAUCUUUGCCGGGUGACGUGUAAACCUCAAUUUGACUCAUUAUUUUGUACAUCUCAACCGUAACGUGUGAUAGCUGUGCGCGCUGUGAGAAGCAAUAAAAGGCGUUCGGUGACCGCUGACACGGCAGAUAACCGAACAACAUUGCGAGAGAAGGGUGUUCAUAUCUUCCUUAGAGAGUAAAGAGAUCUCGAAGCCCUAGAACCACGAGGAUUUGUCCAAGUUGUGAAAGUGCAUUUCCAUUGGGUAUAGCGUGUACCUUCAACGAGGUGAUAUUCAUUUUCUUCUGUUUAUCAGUGACUUAUAAUAAGCCAACAUGACGGGGGAAACCGACCGAUUCGACGAUCCCCAGGUCGCGGAAACUCCCCGCCGCGCCAGGACGCCAUCAGAGCCGCUCAUCACGGCUAAGCUCUACGGGGAGGAACCACACCUGUGUGCUGACUCUCCGGAGAGCCGCUGGACCAUGGAGGACCUAACAUUCAACGAAGAGCUUUACCAGGCAAAAGAGACGGCAGAUGAGGCGAAACACUACCAGAAGAACACCACACAUCGAAACACAAGCCACCAUAUCCAUCACCACCAUCACCAUCACAAUAGCAACCAGUUACAUCCGCACCGUAACUACAACUACCAGUAUUCAAACCCGUUUGAUUACAAAAACACAAGUCACAGCGAAUUUAAGAAAUUUAUGAACAACAACAAUGAUGACAUGGACCUUAACUACCUUAGGCCACCAAGUCCAUUGAGACACCACAGAACUCGGAGCACCAGUUUGCCUUUUCUCACCCUUGCAGACUUACCAGCUCUUGAGAAACAGAGACCACUAAGAGUGGUCGUUCUAGGAGAGUCAGGAGUUGGGAAAUCAUCGUUAGCAGUGCAGUUUGUCUCCUCAUUCGGUGAUUACAACGACUACGAAUCAGUGCUAUCUGAAAACCCAGAUGAGGUGUACGAGAAAACGAUGCAAAUUGAUGGCCACGAAGUUACGGUGCAGAUUGUCGACACACCAGCCUACGGCCAGGCUGAAUUCGAGGAGAGAGAGGAUGAACUCUUGCAGGGUGGUGAUGCUUACAUCUUGGUCUACUCAAUCACGAGUAGGCGGAGCUUCAAGAAAGCCAACGAGCUGAGGUUCAAACUCCAGAGGACCCAAGAAACUGAGAUGGUUCCCAUUAUCCUGGUUGGAAACAAGACAGACCUGGAGAGAUCUAGAGAGGUUCCUUUUGCAGAGGGUAAACAUUUUGCUGCACUGUUCGACUGCAAACUAAUCGAGACUUCAGCAUCGCUUUCUCACAAUGUUGAAAAGCUUUUCAAUGGCGUCGUCCAGCAAAUCCGACUCCGACGCGAAAGGCGUCACUCAGAGGAAGAGAUGGAGACUGGUAGUGGCGACAGCUCAGACUCACUCAAAGGAUCGCCCACACGCGAGCGACAACGUUCAUCACCGUCGAAGAAAAGCCGAAGACCGUCAAUGUUAAAAAGAGCCCGUGGUGCCAUCGGGAGGUUGCUACGGCGGAAGAGCGGCGAUGAGCCUACCCCAGGGUACCGUGCUCGGUCCAAGUCUUGUCAUGUGAUGGAAGUCCUUUAACCAGGCUACGCUGUAUACACAUGAACAUAUUCAAACUGAUUUUGUUUAUCACAGACGACCUUUCAUGAGCAAACACACGCAGUAGACCGCUCGAUGGUUAUACAAAUAUUAAUGAGAGACAUAACGGGAAAAUAAACCUCCAGGAUAUGAUGCCACAGUACUCUGUGAGAAGGUUGGUAACCGGUUCGAGUAUAUUUCCGCACCUGCAAACCAAAGAACUGGAAAGAGAGCUGGUGCUUAAGUCCUUCAGGAUGAGACGAGUGAAGUGUUAAACGACGAGUGGUUAUAGCAGUUUUAUCUAAGAAGAAUUUAAUGUGACACUGGAGCAUCAAAACCAAAUUUACAAUCCUUCAUGAUCAUUCCAACGAUGCUCCAUAUUACCACAUUAUUACUAUUAAUUAUUUUAACGAUAUCUUUUAGAUUUUCUAAUACUAUUAUCGUAAUUAUAUAUGUUCCAUAACGUUUGGUAUGUAUUUUUAAAAAGAUAUUUCAAUAAUUCCCUGGCGAAAAAGCUUUUUUCACAAACGUCUGAAAUACCACACACAAUAAUCUGAUCCUUAAAUCCUGAAAUUAACUUGGACGUUCAAGUGCGAUAACGACAUGUACACCUGUAUUUUCAUUAUAUAUACGCCUUGAGGUAAAGUACAGUAAGUGUAUUAUUUAAAUCCUAGGCGUGGAAACGUAGUAAAUACAGACAAUUACACAAAUUUCAAAAAUGCCAAUAUGAUAUCAAUAUUUAGGCCCCAUUUUCUUGGUGAAAUAUUUCAGCAUCUAUCACACCAAACAUCAGGUCAUGGUAUGCAACGGAUAUUAAAAUCAAUACCAUAAAGACUAAAAUACUGACACCAAUUAGCCUGACCCGGUUCGCUCAAUAACACAAUUUAUGAUCAGCUAUUGUCCACUUUGUCCUCUUCUAACAAAAAUAAAAAGAUAAGCGAGGGCCAUUAUUUCCACAUAUGUUAUUUGUUCGUUUCGAACGCAAGUACUGCAAUUUUUUUCCCACUACCAUUUCCUAUCGCAUAAAAACCUCAUCUGUAGGAAUUAUAAAUAAAGACUUGACCUAAUAAAGAUGUUAAGAUGGUCAUGCAGAUGAUUUACUCAAGAGAAAAAGGAACAUACUAAAUGAAAGCAAAAUGGUGGAAGGUUGAUGGAAGUGAUGCUAGUAUAUGUGAAUGUUCAGACGGUCGUAGGAUGAAAAGUAUGAACAUAUUUUCAUUUGCACAUAAUCCGUUACUAUCAACUUCAUUUAUACCCAAUCCGAAUGAUGGGCUUACUAAGCUUUAUAAGCUUACGAUGAUUGCGCUGAAACUUUGAUGGUAUUCAUAUAUUUGUAUUCCAAGUGAUAUUCGCUUCAUUAUUUGCAUACAUUAACUUUGCAUCUAAGUACACUUUUGGUUGUGAGAAAUGCACUUUGAGAGUUCUUUUUUUGUGAUUUAAUGUAGCUUUUUACUUGGCAUAUCGUAUUUGUCGUAACCAAAUCGUAACUGUUAACGACUGAAAAUAUUCACAAUAUCGUUCAUAUUGUAUGUGACUGAUCCUGCUGUAUUGAACUGUGGAACCACAUUGCAUUAAUCUUUUACCAGAAUGUGAAAAUGAUUUUUCUUCCACUUCACGUUUCUGUGUUGUCACCAAAGAAUCAAUUUACUCACCACAGUAAAUGAACGUUUAUGUACACUCAUACAAAUUGAAAAUGGAGAGGGUAUGUGAUACUUUGGGAUAUCUCUCUCGCGUUAUUCAACGUGUUCAAUGUAUUAAUUUUCAGUCAACUAAUACACUGUAGUACGGCAAGAUUAUCAUUUUCUGCACUGUCGUGAACAAAUUUCAAACAAUAACGGAACAAAUGUAACCAUGCAAAUCAUUGAUAUUU